AUGUGGUUUCCUGCAGUUUGUCAACUCAAGGCAUUCAUUGGGCUGUGCCAGAGGGACCCAUCCAUUCUUCAUCGACCGGAAUUAUCGUUCUUCAAGGACUAUCUUCAGUCACUCAAUGCUGAUAUCCCUGCGGAACGACCGGCCGAAGCACAGUCACGAGAGUCAGCAGGCAGCGAUGUCCUCACGCCUGAGGAAUCGCCUGAUGAAGAAUCUUCCGACUCAGAAGCUGAGGAACUGGACGAAGAGAGCUUGAAGGACAGCGAGGUCAUCCCCCCUGAGACCACAACUCCUCCUCCAUUGGCACCCGAAGGAGACAGAGAGCUGACUGAUGACGAACUUGAGAAACUGGCAAAGCUGAAGGAAGAAGCGAGCUCAGCAUGUGAAAUUGGUGACCUCGAAACUGCACUGGCGAAAUAUACUGAAGCGCUGCAAGUUGGGAGCCCGACUGCUCUUCUGUAUACGCGGAGGGCGGAUACUCUUUUGAAACUGAGAAGACCAGUUGCGUGCAUCCGCGACUGCGAUGAGGCCCUCAAGCUUAAUCCGGACAAUGCGCGCGCGUACAAAAUUCGCGGAAAAGCGAACAGGCUCUUAGGCAAAUGGCGAGAGGCUCACAGUGACCUCGAUAUGGGCCAAAAGCUUGACUAUGAUGAAGCCCUAUGGGAUAUGCAAAAAUUGGUCGACGAGAAGUACAAGAAGAUUGAAGAGCACGAGAGGAAGAUUUUGCGAAAGCGAGAGGAGAAAGAGAGGAAGCGUCGUGAAAAGGAGGCGAGGAAGCGGCGUGCUGCGGCUCAGCGAGCGUAUGAAGAACAGAAGAAGCGAGAAGCUGCUGCGUCCGGCGGUUUUCCCGGAGGUUUCCCUGAAGGCUUUCCGGGUUACGGUGGAGCAGCAGGGUUCCCAGGAGGUGCCAGUGGAUUUAACUUUCCUGGGGGGAUGUCUGGUGGCUUCACCGGCACUGGCUGUGGAGGUCCCGGGAUGGGGGGCUCCCCUGGUGGCUGCUGCGGUGGCGCAGACGGAGGAUGUGGCGGUGGAAUGCCAGCGGGAUCCAUGCCCGGUGGAGCAGGGAAUCUGUUCGGAGCCCUCAACGAUCCGGAGCUGAAGAAGCUUUUUGAGAAUCCCAAGAUGAUGGCCGCAUUUCAGGAAAUCAUGUCAAAUCCAUCGUCAAUCUCAAAGUAUGCCAGCGAUCCAGAGGUAAUGGCGGCGGUGGGUAAUCUCACCUCGAAGUUUGGCGGCGGGAUACCCGGUGCUGGUUUCCCUGCGGGGUCCCCGAUGUAA